AUGGGGCAGGAGUUUAGCUGGGAGGAGGCAGAGGCAGCUGGCGAGAUAGAUGUGGCAGAGCUCCAGGAGUGGUACAAGAAGUUCGUGAUGGAGUGCCCCAGUGGCACACUCUUUAUGCAUGAGUUUAAACGCUUCUUCAAGGUCACAGACGAUGAGGAGGCCUCCCAGUACGUAGAGGGCAUGUUCCGAGCCUUCGACAAGAAUGGGGACAACACCAUUGACUUCCUGGAGUACGUGGCAGCCCUGAAUCUCGUGCUGAGAGGCACCCUGGAGCACAAGCUGAAGUGGACCUUCAAGAUUUAUGAUAAGGACGGCAAUGGCUGCAUCGACCGCCUGGAGCUACUCAACAUUGUGGAGGGAAUUUACCAGCUGAAGAAAGCCUGCCGGCGAGAGCUACAAACUGAGCAAGGCCAACUGCUCACGCCCGAGGAGGUGGUAGAUAGGAUCUUCCUCCUGGUGGAUGAGAAUGGAGAUGGCCAGCUGUCUCUGAACGAGUUUGUUGAAGGUGCCCGUCGGGACAAAUGGGUGAUGAAGAUGCUGCAGAUGGACAUGAAUCCCAGCAGCUGGCUCACUCAGCAGAGACGGAAAAGCGCCAUGUUCUGAGGAUCUGGGGCCCCUGCAUGACUCCAGGCUCACCCAGGUUUCCAGGGUAGUGGAAGGGUCCCUGGCUUAGCCUGCUCAUGCCCACUCGUCCCCUGGUGUGGACUUCCUGGCACCCCCUGUGCAGGGCUGAGUGGAGAUGGGGAAGGGCUGCUGGGUCUGAAGUGGCCAACAGGGCAUAGUCCAUGUUGGAGGAUUCCCUGGGAUGGUGAAGGGAACUGGGUUACUUUUCCCGUUCAGCUAUUCCCGGGAGAACUAUGCCUUGGCUUGGUGGUUGUGGGACUCCCACGGUUUCUAGGUGUUCUCAGUUGGAAGCAGGAGCCAACUGAGGGGUGAGGGUCCCACAGACCAAAUCAGAAAUGAGAACACAAAGACUGGUAGGAGGCAGGGGUGGUAGGGUGUUGAGACUGAAGAAAAGGCAGGAGUGUUGGGAAGCAGGGGGCGGCAAUAACUCUCUAACUUCCAGGAUGCUGAGGGGCGUUAAUGGGGAGGACCCUGGCCUCCUUCUCCCCAAGGCAUCCUCACCAGUGGUGUCAACAGGAAAAAUGGUAGCAAAUACGCUGCAGGCUGUGGUCUUUCUGCCUUUGGAAGGGUCAGCUGUGCUUAAAGGGGCUGUUUCAGCUCUGCCUGGGAGCUGCUCCGGGAUCCCCUGCUGCCAACCCACCAUUCCCCCAACAAGCCUCCCUUUCCAUCCACAUCCCCCGCUAUGGACCUUCCACAACUCCCAGCCAUAAGCUGAAUGUUUCUCUUUAAAGGAUGGAGAAAACUUCUGUCUGUCUCUGGCGAGAAUUGGGGGCCUGCUGACUGGGGUUCAUGGGC